AUGCGUUCCUCCAUCGCCGUUAGCAUCAUUGCUCUCUCCACCUCGGUCCUCGCAGCCCCUACUCCUCAGGUUGCUGGCGUCUCCAACCUUCUUGGUUCCGUCACCAGCACCCUCGGCUCUGUCACCAACCCCGGUGCCGGCAACGACAACCUCAUCCAGGGCAACGGCAACAGCAACGGCCAGAACAACGGCAACGGAAACACUGCUGGCAAUGGCAAUGGCAACAACAACGAGGCUGGUAACGGCAACUCUGCUGCCAGCGGCAACAGCUUCAACCUCAAGCCCCUCGGCAGCAGCAUCCUGAACAACGGAAAGCGUGCUCUUCUUGACAACCUCAAUGGCGUCCCGGUUGCUGGAACCAUCGUCAGUGGCGUCACUGACGGCAAGGGUGGUCUCCUUAACGGUGUCACUGUUGGCCCUACCACCGAUGGCCUGACCAACGGCAUUCCUGUUGUCAAUGGCCUCGUUGGCCGUGGUGUUACCGACAACCUUGACAUCAGCCAGCUGAGCCAGACCCAGCUCAUCUCCCUCCUCAGCCAGGUCACUGGCGCCCUCCAGGGUACUGGCAACACUGCCACUGGCACUCUCAAGCCGGUCACCGACGCCACCGCCCCUGUGACCGAUGCUGUCAAGCCUGUCGCAGGCGCUACUGGCGAUGUCUUGAAGCGUCAGUUGAACCUUGGUGGUGUUACUGGCACUGCCGGCGGCCUUGUUGGCGGCGUCACUGGCGUCACUGGCUCCGCUACUGGUGCUCUCAAGCCCGUUACUGGCCAGCUUCAGCCUGUCACUGGUGCUCUUAAGCCCGUCACCGGUGCCACCGGAGGCCUCACUGGAGAUCUUCUCAAGCGUCAGUUGAACCUUGGUGGUGUCACCGGCACUGUUAACGGCCUCGUUGGUGGUGUUACUGGCUCCACUGGCUCUGUCACUGGUACCCUCAAGCCCGUCACUGGCCAGCUUAAGCCCGUCACUGGUGCUCUCAAGCCCGUCACCGGUACCCUCCAGCCUGUCACCGGUACCGUCACUGGCGCUACUGGAGGCCUCACUGGCGAUGUCCUCAAGCGCCAGGUCGACCUCAACAGCGUUACUGGCACCGUCAGCGGCCUUGUCGGUGGCAUCACCACCACUGCUGGCUCUGUCACCGGCGCCUCUGCAGGCAGCGGAAACUCGCUCCUCAACAACGGCAACAACAACGGCCAAGGCAAUGGCAACAACAACCAAGCCGGUAACGGUAACGGCAACGGAAACAGCGCUGGAAACGGCAACCAAGCCGCCAGCGGCAACGACUUCAACGUAAGUCCCGAAACCGAGCUUCCUGAGAUCAACGGCCCGCUCGUCGAGCUGCCUGACCUCAACAUCGCUCCCACGAUCAA